CUACAAUCUUAGAACUAGAGUUGUAAUAACAUAACUAUCGUUAUCUCCAUCACUCUGGGUCCGGCUAAACAGCGGCAGCGGCGCUACUGGGCUAACACACCUUUAAUUCUCAUCAAAGUGCAGACAGGGGGAGUCCAUAUCGGAGGAGCGGGUGAGAAGAGACCAGAGACUCUACAAGCAACAAAUCAGAAAAGAUCGGGUGACCCCUCACCACGACCUCCUAGUGAACAUGGCGACGACCACAAAGAAACACGCUGACCUCGUGUCUGAGCCAUUGGGCAGGAAGAGGUCAGACGCUCUGCCCGGCAUCGGAAACGUACUCGGCGAGAGGCUCGUGACGAAUGGCUUUGAAAAGGCCUCCAUGGUGGUGGGUCAGUACAUGGUGCUGGGGAAGGACGAGGUGCGCUUCAAUCGCUGGCUGCACGACACAAGCGGGGCGAAUAAUAAACAGCAAUACGACUGCCACAAGGCCAUCAAGGAGUGGACCGAUUCCUACAUGUAGGCCGCUCUCCUCUUUUAUCACACAUCCUUCUCUACUCUUUUUGUUUCUUCUUUUUGGCCUGAAACGUAAGCUCGCUGACUGUUCAGGGACGCAACAACGACAUCAACAUAAAACCAGAUGGUUGGUUGAGACUCUGCUCAGUUUGACUCGUUUUAAGAAAACAGCUCUAUACUUUUUGGAUCUAAAUGAUCUGAAACAAAUUUCUGCUUUAAUUCAUGAAUCAAUGCCAAGUUAUAAGCAAACUAAAAAUGGUGCACUAUGAUUACACAAUAUGAUAUAAUGGGGUGUGCAGUGUUUAAUAGUAAAGGGUGAACAUGGCUAAAUAUGUCAAUGUCAUAAAAUGUUAUGGUUGUUAAGGCAACCAAGCAGAAACAAUAAUAAUAAUAAAGAAACAAUAAAACAAGAAUUUUGAUCGA